CCUGUUGUUGCCACAACCUCCGGUUUUGACGCAAAGUUAUCCGCUCUGCCUGGGGCAGUGGGUUCACUGACGUGAGAACGGAGGUACUGCAUACAAUACGGACUUGAAAACCCCUUCCCUUUUCCACGCGAAAAUCCACGAAUAAAAAAAAAAAAAUAUGAACUUGCCCUUGAUUAGUGGUUGUACAAUGGAAAAAAAAAUCCUGUGUUGGGAAUGAAAGAUGUGGACAAGCGGAUAUCUUGUUUACUGCGAUGGACAAACAAUAUCCAGUUCCUCUCUCUACCACCGGCUGGAUUGGCGCAACAAAUCUCAAGCAUUGGGUUGGACGCGGUUUCUGGUUCCUUCUGCCUACCUGCUACUUUCGGAGUCUUUGGUUCAUAUACCUCUUCUUCCCUCUGCAUUGUUUCCUAAAGCGCCUUUUGACUUUGGGAAACUCGUGUAUUUGUAUAACCAAACUUUUUGUCUAUUUUCAUUUUUUUUUAUCUCUCAUGUGGUACCUGUGUUUAUUCUUGUCUGUCUUAUCGACCUAUGUUUCUAGAUAAUGGAACGUGAAUGACUUUAGGCUCUUGUUUGUAAUUGA